AUGAAGACGUGCAAUGAGAUGAAUGUUACUUUCAUGCCUGUUAACAACAGGCAGCAGCUGGACAGUGAGGACCACACGCGCUGUCGUUCCAGCGUCCUGGACACGAAACUCCAUGGCCACAGCUGCUCUUUGCGCUGCAGGAUUGUCACGUCCUGGUCAGACCAUCCCACAGGGCAACGUGUGUGUGAGCUUUCCUGGAUCAGCGGAUUCAGCAGUAUUUCCAGUGGUCUGCGUCAGGUGACCCCUGGGGGGUGUUUCCAGUUUCGGAAUCAAAGAGAGGAAAGGGAGCAGGGGUCGUCUGGCCCCUGUGUCAAGUCCUCAGGAGGCCUCGAAAGAGAACCCGCCCUGCACGAGAGCACAGGGCGCGGACGCAAGCACAGCGGGCACAUCACCCUGGCCCCACGGCCCGGCAGAGCCCGCCCCGCGCAGGAAACCGGCGGCCCCGCCCCCGCCCCAGGAACGCUCCGCCCCGCGCCCGAGGCCACGCCCCUGAAGGGUCCGCUCCUGCCCCAACUCCUUGGCAACCAGAGGGACGCUUUCUCCUUAGCUACCGGUGCGGCUGCCACCAAGGGUGAGGAAGAGGAAGUUACGGCACCCAUGGAGAAAGUUAUCCGGAUCCAGAGGGUGUUUAUAAACCUGCUGGAUUCAUACAGCAGCGGGAACAUCGGGAAGUUCCUGUCUAACUGUGUAGUCGGGGCUUCACUUGAAGAAAUCACAGAAGAAGAGGAAGAAGAAGAAAGGAAGUCAACCAUGGAAGCCUCAUCCACACUGAAGGACGGCACGUUCCAGAUCGUGGGUACGCUUUCCAAGCUCGAAGGCGUUCGGCCCAACUUUGCCGUGGAGACAUACAGCAACAUCUCUCGGGAGGACCUUCUCAUGCGCCUCCUGGAGUGUGACAUCAUCAUUUAUAACAUCACCGAGAACCCACAGCAAGCAGAGGAGGCCAUCUGGGCAGUCUCUGCACUGAAUGAAGAAGUCAGCCACUUCGAGAAGCGAAAGCUAUUUAUUUUGGUAUCCACGGUGAUGACCUGGGCACGCUCCAAACUCCUGGACCCCGAUGAUUCUGAGAUCCCGUUUACUGAGGAGGAUUAUCGAAGAAGAAAGCAACAUCCUAAUUUUCUGGACCACAUCAAUGCCGAAAAAAUGGUUCUCAAAUUUGGAAAAAAUGUCAAAAAAUUCGCGACUUACGUGGUUGCUGCUGGACUUCAGUAUGGAGUGGAAGGAGGCAUCUUACAUUAUUUUUUCAAGAUGGCUUGGUUGGGUGAGGUCCCUGCGUUGCCAGUGUUUGGAGAUGGAACAAAUGUAAUCCCAACAAUCCAUGUUCUUGAUCUAGCAGGAGUGAUUCAAAACAUAAUAGACCACGUGCCCAAGCUUCACUACCUGGUUGCUGUGGACGAGUCCAUUCACACCCUGGAAGACUUGGUCAAGCAAGUGUGUCUUGAUCAUUUACUGGUCAACCUGAGAAUGGAAGCACUUUUUGUGAAGGAGAAUUUUAACAUUCGAUGGCUUGCCCAAACGGGAUUUGUGGACAAUAUCAGCAAUAUCCUCAAAGAGUACAAGCAAAGCAGAGGAUUAUUGCCGAUCAAGAUUUGCAUUCUCGGUCCCCCCGCUGUGGGAAAAUCUAGUAUUGCUGAAGCCUUGUCUAAACACUACAAACUGCAUCACAUUAAAUUGAAGGAUGUCAUUUCUGAAGCCAUAGCAAGACUGGAGACGAUCGUCACGCCUAAGGAUGAAGAGGAGGAAGAGGAAGAAGGCGAAGAGGAGGAGGAGGAGGAGGAGAACGUGGACGAAGCUCAGGAGCUCUUGGACGGCAUCAAGGAAAGCAUGGAGCAGAACGCAGGCCGACUAGAAGAUCAAUAUGUAAUUCGAUUUGUCAAAGAAAAGUUGAAAUCUAUGCCUUGCAGGAAUCAAGGUUAUAUUUUGGAUGGGUUCCCGGAGACCUAUGAUCAAGCUAAAGACCUAUUCAAUCAAGAAGAUGAGGAGGAAGAAGAAGAAGUCAGAGGCAAAAUGUUGCCCUUUGAUAAAUCAAUCAUACCUGAAUUCGUUUGUGCGCUGGACGCGUCAGAUGAGUUCCUGAAAGAGCGGGUGAUGAACCUUCCCGAGAGCAUCGUGGCGGGGACCCACUACAGCCAGGACCGCUUCCUCCGGUCUCUGGGCAGCUACCGCAACAUCAAUACGGAAGACGAGACCGUCUUCAACUACUUUGAUGAAAUUGAGAUCUACCCGAUCCACAUCGCACCGCAGGCAUGCCGUCAACUAGGGCCUGCCAUCCACCUCAUCAUCAUCAUCAUCAUCAUCGUUUCUGGCUCCAAAUCCCUGCUCUGGCGAGAAGGCAGUGUGAUGGAAGCAGGAACGGCCUCGGGAGACAACGGUGUGUGUCCCGAGCUGUGUGCUGUGAGAGCCCAGAUUCCGCUCCUUCUCCCGAAUAAACGACUAGAGGAAGUGAAAAGAGAAGAAAGAGAAUUAUUAGAGGCCCAGUCGAUUCCCCUGAGAAACUAUUUAAUGACCCACGUGAUGCCAACACUUAUGCAGGGUCUGAAUGAAUGUUGUAAGGUCCGACCGGACGAUCCUGUUGAUUUUCUGGCAGAGUAUCUCUUCAAGAACAAUCCUGAAAUACAGUGA